GCAGGCCAGAGCCCCAUUGGUGAGGCCUUCCUCAUCGGCAAGGGCGCUCCCCACAGGCUGCAGGGCGAGUGGCGCGACGUGUGCCGCCUCAUGACAGCCCGCCUGCCGCCCCUGCGCUGCUGCCUGCUGGACGCAGUGGCAGCCGCAGACGCGCCGGAGGGCACCGGUGCAGGCGGCAGAGCCAAGGCUGCGGCAGCUGGCAAGCCGGCUGCAGCCUCAGGGCUGCCUGGGGCUUCGGCCGCGGCGGGUGUGGGGACGGCAGCAGCAGCGGCGGCAGCGGUUCCGGCGGGAGGGAAGGCUAAGGCGGCUGCAGAAGGCAGUGGCGAGACCCACUUGCAGCGGAUGCUACUUGAGGGCAUUGCCAACGGCUCCGUCUCAACAGGAGCCACGGUGGAGGCACUCAUAAAGAGCACACUGCUGUUCCAGCAGGCUGGCUACGACCAGAUCGCAGCAGCCACCCACAGCGCCCUCACCUCCCUACGACAGCGCCGACUGGUAACCUUCAGCCAGCACUCACCACAGCGCCAGGCAGGAGGGGGACCGGGGUCCGCAGCCGCUGCGGGACCGGGGUCCGGCAAGGUCCCCCAGCGUUCGGCCGCGGGCAAGGGAACGGCUGUUGCAGCCGGGUUGCGUGUUACCCAGGGUGCUGGUGGUGCGGGGGGCGGCGCCAGCGUAGCGGCCGGGGCCCUAUGGCAGCCCACGCAAGUGGGUCGGGCCAUUUACGAGAGCUCGCUGCCGACUGGGAUAGGACAGGAACUAUACGGAAGGCUGCUGCGAGCGCUGGAGGGUCUUGCGCUGGAGGGCGGUCUGCAGCUGUUGUACCUGCUGCAGUCGGAGCCGCUGCCGGUGGAGAUUGCGAACUGGGAGGUGUGGGCCGCCAUGCUGGAGGGGCUGCCGCGGGAGCCGCACAGGCGUGUGGCGGAAGUGUUGGGUGUGACACCGGGCUACGCUCAGCGGCUGGCCACCGGGCGGCGCGGCAGCCCCGAGGAGAGCGGCCGGCACAACCGCUUUGCGAGCGCUUGCCUGCUGCACGACGUCAUGUGCGAGGGAGACCUGCGGGACCUGGAGCAGAGCUGGGGAGCGGCUGGAGGGCUCACCAAGAACGGUAUCAGUCGUGGCCAGCUGCAGAAGCUGCAGGCGGACUUGUCGCAGUGGGCCGGCAUGGCCGCAGUCAUGGCGGG